CUCAUCAGUUUAAGGAAACCAAAAUGUCGGGUUCUAAAUAAUCAGUUAUCAGAAGAAAACCUAAUUUGUGUUUCCUUGUCCGCCGCCAUGGCCAACCCCUUGAGGUUUUAGCUCCACUUCUUUUUAUCACUUUAUCUUCUCGCGCCCGUCGCGCCGCCGGCCAAACCUCCGUCUUCAGUUUCCGAAGAACGACUGAUGCAGCUGACACGGGGUUUUUGGAGCUCCCCUCGUUGCCGGAGGAUUCACGCGAGUUAACUCAGUUUUACGCCUUUUCAUUUCUUUUCUUUGUUAUCUGUGUACAAUUUUCUCGAAUCAGCUGCAAUGUCGUCGGCGAUUGGAUGUUUUUCUGUCAAAACGCAUCAAGUUAGAGUGGGAAAAUGGAAGCCACCUAGAGCAGCUGUGAUUCCCAAUUUCCAUCUUCCCAUGCGUAGUUAUGAAGUUAAAAAUAGACCCCAUACCUUCCCGACGGCCGAUUCGACCUCGAGGCCGCUCGUAAACAUGCAAAUCGACGGCGGAGUCAUGGGGUUAAUCGUCGGCGGGACCACCGGCGAGGGCCAGCUCAUGUCGUGGGACGAGCACAUAAUGCUCAUCGGCCACACGGUCAACUGCUUCGGCGGCUCGGUCAAAGUCAUCGGCAACACGGGAAGCAACUCGACUCGCGAGGCCAUCCACGCAACCGAGCAAGGUUUUGCGGUCGGCAUGAACGCGGCCUUACACAUCAACCCGUACUAUGGAAAAACCUCGCUCGAAGGCCUCGUCCUCCACUUCGAGAGCGUACUCCAAAUGGGCCCGACUAUUUUGUACAACGUCCCCUCUCGAACGGGCCAAGAUAUUCCCCCGGGAGUUAUUCGGGCCUUGGCCCAAAGCCCGAAUCUAGCGGGCGUGAAGGAGUGCGUGGGCCAUGCUCGGGUAGGGGAGCACGUGGGCAACGGGAUUGUGGUGUGGAGUGGUAACGACGAUGAGUGUCAUGACUCGAGGUGGGAUUAUAGGGGCAAAGGGGUAAUUUCGGUCGCGAGCAAUUUGGUGCCGGGGUUGAUGAGGGAGAUGAUGUUUGGGGGAAAGAAUCCGGGGUUGAAUGCGAGGGUUUUGCCGCUUGUGAGGUGGCUUUUCGAGGAGCCGAACCCGAUUGGGGUGAACACGGCAUUGGCCCAACUUGGGGUCGUGAGGCCCGUUUUUCGGCUGUCGUACGUGCCGCGUGGCGUGGAAAAGAGGGUGGAGUUUGUGAAGAUCGUGGAGGAGCUCGGGAGGGAGAAUUUCGUCGGGGAUGAGGAGGUUCGGGUUCUAGAUGACGAUGAUUUCAUGUUGAUCGGCCGAUAUUAG